CGCGUGCCUCGGUGACACAUCCCUCCUCCUCCUCUGCUCCUGUGUGUGUGUGUGUGUGUGUGUGUGCGUGUGUGUGUGUGUGUGUGUGUGUGUGUGUGUGUGUGUGUAGUCUGCUGAGUGUUGAGGUCGAGGCAGCAGCGGGGACGACGGCGGAGUGCAAACAAACAACAACAACAAACAAACAAACAACAAACAGACCCGGACUAACGACCCGGUCCUCCUCCGGGUCCUUCUUCAGGUUCUCCUCCUGCCGGUCUGCAGCUCCCCGGACCCGCAGACCAGCAGACCCGACGACCCCCAUGCAGCAGAGGAGACCCUGGAUGGGACUACAUGUGGUUCAUGUUGGGUAACGGGGUGAAGAGGAAGCUGGGCGAUGAUGAGGACGGUUCAGAGGGAGACCUUCAUCCUCUGGCGGCGGGGGGCGUGUCUCAGGCGUCCUUCACGCUGCAGCGUCAGACCGUCCUCAACAUGUCGCUCAUGAAGCUGUACCGCCCGCUGCUCGGCACUGACCUCCGCCUGCAGCGCCGCGUCCUCAUCAACAACAUCAUCCGCAGCAUCCAUGAUGACCUGAGACAGGAAGGAGGCGUGGGCGCUCUCUUCUUCGCCGCCGGACCUCCUGUGUCAGCUGACAGAGUGGCCAGACAAGCUCCGCCCCCUCCGUCCUCCUUCAGCAUCCUCUCCUCGCCUCUGCUGGACUCCUGCCUGACGCCGGCCUCCCUGCUGGAGGAGGACCUGCCCAUGUUCUUCACCCUGCCGCCCUCCUCCUCCUCCUCCUCCUCCUCCCCCCAACACCCCCACCUGCACCACUCCCCAAGACCGCCCCCAACUCCGCCCUCUCCCUCUCCGUCCCCCAAAGACAGCUUCUCCUCCGCUCUGGAGGAGAUCGAAGAGCUCUGUCCUUCCUCUUUGUCUUCCAGACCUCCAUCACCUCCUCCUCCUCCUCGGGUCACGUCUGAUGUCAUCAUGAAGGAGGAGGAGGAAGAGGAGGAAGAGGAGGAAGAGGAGGGGCGGGACUUACAGGAGGAGAAGAAGAGGCUGGAGAAACCUCCUCCACUCCUCCCUCCUCCCGCUCCGUCCUCCACCUCCUCCUUCCUCACAGACUUCACGUUGGACGACGUCCUUUUCACAGACAUUGACACGUCCAUGUACGACCUCGGGCCCUGCCCGCCCCCUUCAGGAGCUCCGCCCACAAAGAUGGCUCCCAUGGUGAUGUCUGGGUAUGGAGCGACAGGGGGCGGGGGUCAGAACACGGCUUUUAAAAUGGACCUGGCAGAGCUGGACCACAUCAUGGAGGUCCUGGUCGGCAGCUGAGAGGAAACGAGGCAACUUUUUAUAACUUUGUAUUAUUGUAACGUUCAACGGAUUCACACCGGCUUUAAUCUGGAGGGUUUAAUCUGGAGGUUUGAUCUGGAGGUUUAAUCUGGAGGUUUAAUCUGAAAGGUUUGAUCUGAAGGUUUGAUCUGGAGGUUUAAUCUGGACCUUUAAUCUGGAGGUUUAAUCUGGAGGGUUUAAUCUGAAAGGUUUAAUCUGGAGGUUUAAUCUGGAGGUUUAAUCUGGAGGUUUGAUCUGAAGGUUUAAUCUGAAAGGUUUGAUCUGAAGGUUUAAUCUGAAAGGUUUGAUCUGAAGGUUUAAUCUGGAGGUUUAAUCUGGAGGUUUAAUCUGGAGGUUUAAUCUGGAGGGUUCAAUCUGGAGGUUUAAUCUGGAGGGUUUAAUCUGGAGGGUUUAAUCUGGAGGGUUUAAUCUGGAGGGUUUAAUCUGGAGGUUUGAUCUGGAGGUUUAAUCUGGAGGGUUGAUCUGGAGGUUUAAUCUGGAGGGUUCAAUUUGGAGGUUUAACCUGGAGGUUUAAUCUGGAGAGUUAAAUCUGAAAGGUUUAAUCUUAAAUCUAAUCUGGAAGGUUAUUCUAAAAGGUUUAAUCUGGAGGUUUAAUCUGAAAGGUUUAUAACCUGGAGGUUUAAUCUGAAGGGUUUAAUCUGGAGGGUUUAAUCUGGAGGGUUUAAUCUGAAGGGUUUAAUCUGGAGGGUUAUUCUAAAAGGUUUAAUCUGGAGGGUUUAAUCUGAAGGGUUUAAUCUGGAGGUUUAAUCUGGACUGUAAAAUCUGGACAGUUUAAUCUGGAGGUAUAAUUUGGAAGGUUAAUCUUAAAGGUUUAUUCUGAAGGUUUAAUCUGGGGGUUUAAUUUGAAGGUUUAAUCUGAAGGUUUAAUCUGAAGGUUUAAUUUGAAGGUUUAAUUUGAAGGUUUAAUCCAGGUUCAGGAAAGCCUGUGUGAAGCCUGUUGCUCGUCUAUGAAAUGUAAAUAUUAAAUAUGUUUUUUUACUUUGUUGUUUCUACAAACCGGAGAAAAUAACUCAGUGCCUUUUAAAAUUUCUCUUCACUCUUUAAAGUCUUGUUCUUUAUGAACGUGUGCUUCCAACAUGUACUUCAGUCUCCUGACAGCAGGGGGAGACAGUGAGCCUGGCUCUGUCCUGAUCUACACGUAUUAGACAUUUAAAGGUCUUUAUUUACGAAGGGAUGAUGGAGUUUUGGAGUUUUGGCCAAUCAGAAUCGAGUGUUGUGACUUUAACUCGUCAAAAUUUUUUUUUAGUAACUUCCGUGAAGCUUCUCUGUGUCGGUUGUCUCCUUACGAAAUUAUAUUCGUCUUAUGUAAAUGUUUAAAAGUUUCACAUGGAACCCGGAGUAAAAACGAAAACCCAAAUAACGAAUUUAAAAGAAACUCAAUAAACGACGAGAUUACGGUACUUUGAAAUGUUAAAAACUUUUCAUUUAUUUUAACUUGAACGCUUUUAUUUGUUCAUAAGGACGUAAAAUAAUUCUUCUGAGAAUACGUCCAGAAAAAAAGACGAAAAAUUUAAAGACGUAAAAUGUUAAAAUGAUUGCUAAACUUUUAACACGAAGUCUUCCAGCACUGAUAUGUUCGUGCACGAGAGAGAACCAGUUUUUAUAAAAUGUUAAAUCUGAAUGACAGUUUUUUAAUAUUUUUUAAAGUUUUUAAAGAUCAAUGAUGUCGUCCUGAUGAUGUCAAAUAUUAAAUCUGAAUCCAGAGUGAAA